AUGGUUAAAGUCGCUAUCAAUGGUUUCGGUCGUAUCGGACGUUUAGUGUUAAGAAUCGCCUUAGGUAGACCAGACAUUCAAGUUGUUGCUGUCAAUGAUCCAUUCAUUGCUGCCGAUUAUGCCGCUUAUAUGUUUAAAUAUGAUUCUACUCACGGUAGAUAUAAAGGUACCGUUGAAGCUGAAGGUGACUUUUUAGUUAUUGAUGGUCAAAAAAUUAAAGUUUUCCAAUUUAAAGAUCCAGUUGAUAUUCCAUGGGGGGAAUAUGGAGUUGAAUACGUUAUUGAAUCAACUGGUAUUUUCACUAAAUUAGCUGGGGCUCAAAAACAUAUUGAUGCCGGGGCUAAAAAAGUUAUCAUUACUGCUCCAUCUGCUGAUGCUCCAAUGUUUGUAGUUGGGGUUAAUGAAGAAAAAAUUACUAAAGAUUUAACUAUUAUCUCCAAUGCUUCUUGUACCACUAAUUGUUUAGCUCCUUUAGCUAAAGUUAUUAAUGAUAAUUUCGGUAUUAAAGAAGGGUUAAUGUCAACUGUUCAUUCCAUUACUGCCACUCAAAAAACCGUUGAUGGUCCAUCUCAUAAAGAUUGGAGAGGUGGUAGAACUGCUUCAGGUAAUAUUAUUCCAUCAUCAACUGGGGCUGCUAAAGCUGUUGGUAAAGUUAUUCCAGAAUUAAAUGGUAAAUUAACUGGGUUAUCAUUAAGAGUUCCAACCACUGAUGUUUCCGUGGUUGAUUUAACGGUUAAUUUAGAAAAACCAACCACUUAUGCUGAAAUCAGUGCUGUGGUUAAGAAAGCUUCUGAAGGUCCAUUAAAGGGAAUCUUAGGUUAUACUGAAGAUGCAGUUGUUUCAACUGAUUUCUUAUCUUCAACUUAUUCUUCUGUUUUCGAUGCUAAGGCUGGUAUCUUAUUAUCUCCAACUUUUGUUAAGUUGAUCUCAUGGUAUGAUAAUGAAUACGGUUACUCUACUAGAGUUGUUGAUUUAUUAGAAUAUGUUGCUAAAUUAUAA